CUUAAGCGAAGGGAACCCUCAAAAUUGCGUACUCGCCUCCAGCCCUGCCCACCCCUCCUCCACUCCCAACUCUUUCCAGCUCUCUCUCUACGCCAGUUCGUGGCCAGUCGCCGCCGUCUUCUCUGAAAUCCGACAGUCGGAGAGGCCAGAGGUUAUGAGAGAAUGGCCGCUAGUGGUUUGAAGGGCAUUUUGGCUACUGUAGUUACCGUUGGAGUAACUGAAGCAAGGGCAAGGAUAUUUGGGCAUGUUAUUAACCCAACUGGCCAGAGAUCUUCCCACAAGAUCUUACGCAAGAAGCUCAUUGGUGAGAAAGUUUCUCAAUGGUAUCCACAUGAUAUCACAAAAGAUGAUCCUCUUAUCAUGGCUCGAAAAGAACAAGAGCGCUUAUCAAGACUUGAAAUGUUGAAACGUCGAGGAAAGGGACCACCUAAAAAGGGUCAAGGCAAGCGUGCUUCUAAACGUAAAUAGAAGUAAGAUCUUGAUGUUCUGAUAAAAUUGUUUCUCAACUAGUCUUUUGAAUGAAAGACUGCUAAAAGGAGCAUUUAAGAAUUUUAUUUUGAUGCAAUAACAUAAGAAUUUUGACGUUUCUAUUUGAAUCUUAUCUUACCACAUGUUUUCCCCGACUGUAGUGAAAAAUUAGUGCAAUAUGUAAUUUCUAAGGGAUUUCUGUAAGGUAAGAAUUCAAGUUCGCACGUAUUUAUUAUCAAGCCCUUUAGCCGA